UCAUAAAUCUGGAAUGCUGUCCAUUUAUGACUUGAAUUUAUGUUUUUUAAUAGCAUUUGUUCUAAUUUAGAAUUGGAUGUGAAUGAACAAAAAAGGGAGAAGGGGGGAACCCAGAAUAAUUUAUGUGCCAGUACAUAAUAACCUUAAAUCCAAAUUGCUUUUGAUACAAGCAAUUUAUUUUCUGAAUGUGAAUGCCCCUUUGAAAUCAAAGAAAGGAGUCAAAGAAGAUUAUUUAACCCAUUGGCUAAAUGCCUUCAUCAAGUCUGGCUUUUUGACAAAAGAACAUCUCUUGUAUCAAGAAAUUGAUGCUUUUCUUGUAGAGCAGCUAAGUCAACCUGAUCCUGUUAAUUCCUGGGAACAAUGGCCAACACUAUAUAGCUACUGUGAGUCAUUAUUUGAAAAUGCUUCUAGAAAAGGAUACAGGUUUUAUCUUGGAAGUAAACGUUUUGGUUUGAAAGGGGAAAGACAAGUAAUAGCACCCGCCAAGUCAUACUGCAAUCCUGGGCCUUCACUGUCUUACACUAUGAUGGAAUGCCUCUUAAUAUUGGAACAUUUCCAAGACAAGAAAAUGGAGAGACAUUCUUUGAUGGUAUAAUCCCUCCACUAAGCCUACAGAAGAUGAAGGAAUUAUAUCAGGGAGGAAAUAAAAGCGUACAUAAGUACAUCUCGGAAAACUGUACCUGGGUCAGCGAAGUUAAAGAAUUUGAUUUGUGUGAUGCUUCUGGAACAAUACAUGUUAAUGUUCACACAAAUUUUGGUUAUGCUGGUGUUGAUGGAGAAAGUGUUAAAGGGGAAAUAAGGGAUGUUCUUAAAAAUCUAAGCUCUUGCAGCAACUGCAUUUUAACAGGAAAUGCAGACACAUGUACAUAUAAUUCUUUGAAAGAACCUUGCACAAGGUGUAAAACAACUACAGGUAAUACUGACAACGAACCUUGCUGUGUAAGUGCUCUAUGUAUUCAUGUGUCCUCUGAUCAAGCUUCUGCACAGCGUAAAGCUCAUAUGGAGAUGAACGAGACUGCUGAAAGAGACAUGAACAGUCCAAACUACAGACACUUUGGAUUUGGCCUGCUUCAUUUCUGCGAGAACUGUAUUUCAUCCCUAAGGCAUUACAGAUUGACAGACAUGUCUGAAACAUUUUAUGUUGGACUUUUGUCUUCAGUCUGGGCCUCAAACACUUCUGAGUCAGCCCAAAUGAAGAAAGCUACCCCUGCCACUGUAUUCUCUUAUAGAGAUGCCCACAGUGAUGAGAUUUGUUUCCAAACAGUUUCAAGGGAAUUAGAGAUUGCACUAUUGGAAACAAAAGCUGUUGUGGCAACCCUCAUACCAGAGCAGUACAAGCCCACCGCUGUUGAAGCUAAAACCCACAGCAUUCUGGGAAGGCCAUUAUAUAUUGCCAGUAAUGCAAAUGGCGAUAUUCUCUGGACAGAUGCCGAGUUUGAAUACGUUGGGAUGGGUAAUAGGCACAUACCAACAAAGUUUAUUGCCCUAGGGCAAUGGGAUAGCCCAGGUCCAGCACAGAAAACAACUGUGACUGCAUCAAAUGCCACAUUCAGUCACCCUGCUGGCAUCGAUGUCAUGAUAAUCAAAGCUGGAAAAUGUGAAGUUGCAUUUGUAAGUGACAAAGGUAACUCAACCAUCCGGUUCAUAAGGGGCGUGGAGACUUUCAAUGGUAACAAGUUUGUUGGAACACUGAAAUUACAGCAAGUUCCCAGAAACUGGAAGCCUGAAGGGUUAGCUGUUGUUGAUACCAAAAGUCUUGCAGUUACAGCUAGGAAAAGUGUUUACAUUAUUGCUUUGGAUGAUUCUCUUACUAGUGGCCAAGUAAUUUCAUUGAUCACAAAUUUGCAGUCUCCACAUGGACUUUGUGUUAUGCAGAAUAAUACAUUGUUAGUAGCUGAUGAACACUGUGUCAAACAAAUUGACAUGGAAAAGAAGUCAGUCAACAUUGCAGCACAAGGAUUUAAAAAGGCUUUUGACGUGGCAGUCUCUGACAAUGGUACCAUGGGAGUGACAGAUGUACAUGCACACCAGAUAACACUGUUCAAGAAAACAGACAGUGGUUUUGACAAAGAUAAAGAUAUAGGAACUGGCACUGCUGGAUGUCUUGAUGGUCCUGCUACAAAGGCUCAACUAUCUGAACCCACUGGUCUGUGCUUUGACUGUAACACUGCUAUAUUCUGUUGCUUUGGAGGUAAGCAAAACGGCUACAUUAAGCUGCACACUACUGUUGGUUUUGCUUGUCAGUUUAUGAACAAGAUAAGGCAAAUAUAUGAUGCAAUUGGAUUUUUGCCCAAGAAGGUUCAAAAGAGCACAGAGCAACAUUAUAUAGAACCAUACAGAGAAGGGGUGGAUAAACUUGUGGAUUUUCUGUGUUACAUGGAGCAACUCAUAUCUGCAAGAAAAGAGUUUCUAAGCAUAUCACCUGCAGGACCAGAGGAAACAGUCUACCAUCUAACAGUCAAAGGAUUUUCUGAAACUGUAUCUUCCCUAGAAGUUCAUAUCCAGGCACUAGAGGUGAUGGGUAUGACAAAUACAGUGGACUCUCUCAACUUGUCUGCAUUUGUAAAUGAGUCAAGGAAAGAGCAUGGUUUUGCUAAACAUAAGCAAUCAGGACACAUGGCACAGAAUGGCCGGUCACAUACGGGACUUUUUCAUUGUCAAAGCGCCAAAUUCAAACUGCUGUUCAUCCAGGUGUAGCGCACUUAAUGAGGCAAUUACAAAGCAAAU